CUUUUUUUUUCGCGUGUGAUCAUUAACUCAGAGGUGAAUUCUGUAUCUUAGUUAAUAUCACACGCGAAAUAGCAAAAAAGUUUGGUGUAAGCAAAAACAAAAUCUGGGUAGCGCGUGGAUUUGUCGGAGAGAUUAAUCGAGUUGUUGUGUUGUAAGAAGAACAUUGAUCUUGUGUUCUUGUGAUGGAUCUUUUUACUGCCAAUGAUUUGAGAGAUCUUUGUCAUUAUUCUUCUUCUUAGAAAUUAGGGUUUCUGAGUCACGCGGUGAAAUCCACAAAAUUCCUCUGUUUCUGGUGUAAAGGUAGGGCCUUUUUGUAAAAAGAAGAGAUUUUUUUUUUGUGUGUGGAAAAAAAAAAGGAUUUUGACCAUUAGGGCGUGUUUGUGUUCUCUCUUUUAUUGACAUUUCUUGGUUUCUCCCUCUAUUUAUUCUUCUGGGUUUUUGUAUAUUCUUCAACAGCAGAUUGGCGCAAUCAAAAAGGACGUGUUGAGCUGUUACCAUCUCUCUCUCUCUCUCUUUCAGCUCAUUACGUCUUUUAAAGUUUCCUCUGAUUUCUGGUUGCAAGCUGUAAUUCGACUAAACCUAAUCUGUCGCAUUGCGCGUCGUUCAAUUCGAAUUCAAACUCUGAUACACAUCGAUACAUCUUUCUCGGGAACAGUUCUUCUUCUUCGUCGUCGUCGUUUUCAACUUCCUCCGACUUGGUGUUCUUGGUGGCAAUGGGAUCCAAUUUUUAGCCAUUUUUUCUCCAUUUUCCUUUCUGGGUUUUCUUCUCCGGCUCCUGAAUCCAUCUGGGUUCGCUUCUUUUUCCUCUCUUCGUUUUCGAUCUGGUGAAGGAAAGAAGAAAUGGCUCCUUCGUUUGAAUGGUGGGCUAAACAGAAUAAGAAAGGUACUCCGGUGGUGGUGAAGAUGGAGAAUCCGAACAACUGGUCAAUGGUCGAGCUCGAGUCUCCGUCGGAGGAAGAUUUCCUCAUCGGCGGCCAUGCUUCUCCGGUCGGAAUCCGGGAGAAAUCCAGGAACAAGAACGCUCGACAGCUCACUUGGGUCCUCCUCCUCAAAGCCCACCGCGCCGCAGGUUGUCUCACAUCCCUUGGCUCCGCAUUGAUAGCCCUCGGCGCCGCCGUCCGUCGCCGGGUCGCCGCCGGCCGUACCGACGACGACCCAGACCAGGAAACCACCUCCUCGUCCUCGUCGUUUUCCUCUCCGGAGUCCGAGAACCCGACGGUGAAAUCGAGAUUCCACUCGUGCAUCAAGGUGUUCUUGUGGGUAUCUGUGCUUCUCCUCGCCUUCGAGGUCGCUGCUUACUUGAAGGGUUGGCAUUUCGGAGCUCCGAAUCUGCAGCUUCAGUACAUAUUCACGAUUCCGCCAUUUGAGAUUAAAGGGUUCUUUGAUUCGAUCUACACUCGCUGGGUCCUGCUUCGCGUAGAGUAUCUCGCUCCUCCGCUUCAGUUCCUCGCCAAUGUCUGCAUCAUCCUCUUCCUCAUCCAGAGCUUGGACAGGCUUAUCCUCUGUCUCGGCUGUUUCUGGAUCCGCUUCAAGAACAUCAAACCUGUCCCCAAACCAGACAGCGUCUCCGAUCUCGAAUCCGGCGAGACUGGGUUCUUCCCCAUGGUCCUUGUCCAAAUCCCCAUGUGCAACGAGAAAGAGGUUUAUCAGCAAUCCAUUGCGGCUGUCUGCAACUUAGACUGGCCAAAAUCGAAGCUUUUGAUUCAGAUUCUUGAUGAUUCCGACGAUCCCGUGGCUCAGAGCUUGAUCAAAGAGGAGGUCCAGAAAUGGGAAGACGAAGGCGCUCGAAUCGUGUAUCGACACCGUGAGAUUAGAGAAGGCUACAAAGCUGGCAAUCUCAAGUCUGCUAUGAACUGUAGCUAUGUCAAAGACUACGAAUUCGUCGCCAUUUUCGACGCCGAUUUCCAGCCAACACCAGAUUUCCUCGUCAGAACAAUCCCUCAUUUUAAGGAUAACGAGGAGCUUGGGCUGGUCCAGGCGAGAUGGUCGUUUGUGAACAAAGAUGAGAACUUGCUGACCAGAUUACAGAACAUAAACUUAGCGUUUCACUUUGAUGUGGAACAGCAAGUGAACGGAGUGUUCUUGAAUUUCUUCGGGUUCAAUGGAACAGCCGGCGUCUGGAGGAUUAAGGCCUUGGAAGAAUCCGGUGGCUGGUUGGAAAGAACCACCGUCGAGGACAUGGACAUUGCUGUCCGAGCUCAUCUCCAUGGAUGGAAAUUCAUCUUUCUAAACGACGUUGAGUGCCAAUGUGAGUUACCGGAAUCGUAUGAAGCUUACCGGAAACAACAACAUAGAUGGCACUCGGGUCCAAUGCAAUUGUUUCGCCUUUGUUUGCCCGCUGUAAUCAAAUCAAAGAUAAGCAUAUGGAAAAAGUUCAAUAUGAUCUUCCUCUUCUUCCUCCUCAGGAAGCUAAUCCUACCCUUCUACUCAUUCACCCUCUUCUGCAUAAUCCUUCCGAUGACAAUGUUUGUCCCCGAGGCCGAGCUCCCGGCUUGGGUCGUGUGUUACAUCCCUGCAACGAUGUCGUUUCUCAACAUUCUUCCCGCCCCGAAGUCAUUCCCGUUCAUCGUCCCGUACCUUCUGUUCGAGAACACGAUGUCAGUGACCAAAUUCAACGCCAUGGUCUCGGGUCUGUUUCAGCUGGGAAGUGCAUAUGAGUGGGUGGUAACGAAGAAAUCUGGGCGUUCCUCCGAGGGCGAUCUCGUGGGCUUAGCCGAAACGAAGGAGCCGAGGCAUCAAAGUGACGGGUCUUUACCCGAUACGAAGGUUGAAAUCGGGGAGAAGAAGAAGAAGAAGAAGAAGAAGUACAAUAGGAUAUACAUGAAGGAGCUGUCAUUGGCGUUUCUUCUAUUGACAGCCUCCGCUCGGAGUCUCUUAUCAGCGCAAGGAAUCCAUUUCUAUUUCCUGUUGUUUCAGGGCAUAUCCUUCUUGCUGGUGGGUCUUGAUCUGAUCGGAGAGCAAGUGGAAUGACUGACAUUGAAAGAGCUUUUCAUGGUUUAGGGUUUUUCGGUAGGAGAGUAUAAAGGUUCGAGGACAUUGUAGAAGAACAGCAAAAGGGAAGAAAGCAGAACAAUAAUCAAAAGGGUGGAACCAGGCAGACAUGAUCUCCCCUGUAUCAUCUUCAAGAACUGCAGAUAAAACAGUGAGCAUCCGAUAUCGAAAGAUUCGAUUCGAUCUCUCUGUCUAUGGCGAAACAACAGAGAAAAAGAUGAAAGAGAUCCACCCAAUACGAUGGAGAAGAAGGAGAUGUCAGUAUAUUGCUCAUCGAGAGAAACAUACGUUCGUAGACAGACAUCCUCGGCUUCUGAUGUUGUGUUUGGUAACAUUGUAAGGUUAUCUCUUUUUUUUUUUCUCUCGGAUUGGCCUCGUUUUGUAAUUUUUUUUUUUGUUUCUUGGGGGCAAAUUCUUUUGUAAGAAAGAUUUGUUCGAUUCAACAGCAAAAAAUUUUAGUUAAAGCACAGUUUUUUUUUUUACA